UGUUCCAGGCCAGGGCGUGAUCCCACUGCGCCACAGCUCCCAUCCCUCUUUAAUCUCCAUCCACUCUUCCCGUUCUUACUUUAUGCAAAAAUCUAUUUUCAAUUAUUUUAUACUCACAAUAUAAAGACUACACUAAGUAAAGAAUUCAACAGUUUGAAAGAAUUAAAAAAAAAAACAAACCCGUUCCUGAAGAGGCAAGACAUGGUUUGUUUAAAAUCAUCAUUAUAUCUGCAAGAGUUGUUUAAAAUCAUUGUAUGUCAGAGUGUCAAUAUAACUUCUAAGGAUCACGUUUUAGGUACUCUGUUACCACAGAUCAGGGAGAAUAUACAUAUUUGUCUUUUUGGAAAGGCUUAUUUCACAAAAUGUAACGUUUUACAGUUGCAUCCAGUCUUUUUUUUUUUUUUUUUUGUAUAGGAAAAGCUUUCUUACCUGCAGCAUACCGGAGAUCAACACUGGCCCUCUAUCCAAGCCUGGAGCCAAGACAGCUGUCACCCACUUUUUUGACACUGCCUGGCCACUUCCGGUGCCGCUGGGAGUAAGAGGCGGGUCCUAGAUGGAUGGCGCUUGUGCAGUCAGUCUGGUGGAUAUAGAGCCGACGGUGGCAGCGUGUUGUCGGCUGCUAGAGUUGUCGGCUGCUAGAGUUGUCGGCUUCCGGCGGCGUUUUCGGCAGCGGUACUGGCCUGGAGAGUGCGGGAGCGAAGACAUUUUCAUGGAUAUGAAACUGGAUGCAGUUGAAGUUCAUCUGCUGGGUAAUCUUCCAUUUCUGGGGACUGCUCGACUUCCUGCUAAACACAGCUGGGACUUCUUCCUGGAGAGGAGCAACUGCUCCAUGCCAAUGUGUGUCCUGUGGCCAGUGAGGAGUGCGCCUGUGCCUGGCGCUUUGACCCAGAAGUGCACCCGCAGGCGCCGCCACUUCUGCCCUCGAUGCACUGGUGGGAGUCAGCGCCGUGUCCGCUCCUGCCCAGAGCCUUGAGGAGCCGCCUUCAACGCUGGUGGCUGAACCUGAGGAGACCCAGGGCCCUGCAGACUCAGGCUGGGAUCAGACUGCACACACAGAGGAGAAAGCAGAAGCUUAGAGAAAUGCCAAGAAUCCCUCAGUGCCCUGUUCCAGCCUGCCCCAAGAUUCUGACACCUCACAACUGCAUACAUGGAGGAGAAAGCAGAAGCUUAGAGAAAUGCCAAGAAUCCCCCUGUGCUCAGCCUGUCCAAAAUUCUGACACCUCAGACCCCUUCUGGAAGCAAUGGCUGUCCCGCCAGCAGACCAGGCCCCCUUGGAGUGGUGAUACCAGUUCACAUUCCCACCAGCAGUGGAUUAGGGUGCCUUUUCCCUCACAUCUUCAAGGCACAGUCCUCUUCUUUGGCCCCUCUGAAAGACUACACCUCAGGUCUGGAUUCCUGUGUCAGAGGAACAGAAAGGCUCUUUCUGUGGAGAGUUUGGCAUGGUGGCCUUCCUGUCACUGGGCUGCACACACGAAGGAGAAAGCAGAAGCUUAGAGAAACGCCAAGAAUCCCUCUGUGCUGUGUUCCAGGCUGUCCCAAGAUUCUGACACCUCAUAGUCUUGUGUCCUGGUACACACCAGUGGGGAGUCUUGAGCUGUUGGGAGAGUCUGAGGAGGACACCUUGCCACCCUGGGACUGGAACUGACUUUAAGAGGGACCCUGAGCGUUGUGGAGUUCUUCAUUGGAACAUGUGCUAAGCCAUGGCCCUAAGAACAAGGAGGUGAGCAGCCAAGAGCAAUACCUGCAGGGAGGGCCGGGAUGCUGGUGUCAAAGGAGUGGCAGUGGAUUCAACAGGACCCUCAGGUUUGUCCAUCCUUGCCUGGUGAGUCUUCUUGAAAUGCUUGUGCGUAUCAUUCAUAUAUUUAUAUAUUAUAAAUUUAAUAUCAUAUGUGCUAAAUAGAUUGUAAAUUGUAUAUUGUAAAAUGUAUAUGUACUCGGGGUAUCACAUACAGUUCCAGGAGGUGUGAGCCUACCUGGCUGAAUUCUGAUGCCAGGGUGGGUGAACCAGCAGCAGGUGAGUCACCUUCUUUUGGGUGGGUGAUUUAGAUGCCCAGCGACUGUGUUAAUUUCCAGGUCUCUUGUUUCGUUUUCUGGAUUUAUAGUUUUACUUAGUGGAUAGGAGCUGAGAAAAUGGAUCUGGUCAUCCAGCAAGGAGGUUCCUGCUCACAGGCUUUGCUUCCUGGUUUUCCUAAUUUGCUAAGAUUGUUUAUCUCAGUUUGCAUUGAGGGUUCUCCAACACAGCAGUGAUAGCAUUAACUGGUACACCCAAAGCAAUGGCUUAAUAAGUGUCCUUCCCCCACUGAAUUCUAAUCCUGUCUCUGUGAUAUCCAGUGUUUCCCUAAUUUUAUGAAAAAUUUCCUGAGGAAUAUAUUCUUAUAUUGUAAUGAAUGCAGUUAUAAGGGGAGACAUAUCAUGUAAAAUUUACAUAGUCCAGUCAUAUUAUUGCAUUAACUAGGCAUAUGGGGACUCUGUUUAUCAUCAGAGGCACCUAGAUCCAAGGAUGGCACUGAAAUUUUGAGAGGGAAGCAUUACUUCCUAAGUAUGUUUGUUUCAGUUAUAAAACUAUAAUGUACUGAAUAACUCAAUACAGGUUCUUUUUACUUCUAAAUUAGAUUUUGAAGUAUUUAAAUCAUUUGGAUUAUGAUAUUUUUAGACAAUUUUUAGGUCUGAGAGGGCAGGGGCAUUGUUUCUGCACAGUAUCCACAAUGGUUGCCAUAUAAUUGGUUCUAAAACAUCAGUUGAUGAAUUGAAAUCUCUAUUUGUCCCCGUGUUUCAAACAGCACAAAAUUUCAAAAUCCAUAGGUAUUGUGUUUUGUGGUUUGGUUCUUACAGUAUGUGGUGAAUUAAGUCUCACUUCCUUCUGGUUAGCAGUUCCUAGUGUUGACACCCAAGGAUCGUUCCUUGAUCCUCAUCUUAUGAGAUGCUGACCAGUGACUACUCAGAAACAUCCCUUUGGUGCACGUCCUCAUGGAUGUUCCAGUUUCCUCGUCAUCUACUCUUGCUGUUCCUGUUAGUGCUGAUUGUUCAAAUCCAGAAGUUGAAAUGACCCCAUGUUAAGUGCAGGUGUUUAUUCUCACUGGUCUUCCCAUCCUAGACAGCCUUAUCUCUAUACCGUGUUUCAGGAAGGUCUUGGAUUUUUCUCGCCUCAUUAGCUAGACCUGCUUAUAUUGCCCAUGGUUUUCUCGUUUUGGCUAUUUUAGAGCUUGGUUCGGUGAUUCCAUAAUUCUUUGCCCUCACACACAACAAGCCAAGAAAAAUAUGUUCUGUUGUUUUCUCAUGCUCCCAAUCCACAAUGUUCUCUGAUAACAAUCACCAGGCAUCUUAAAGGCUGGCUGGUCCCUACACCCUUCUCAAAGCCACAUGAAUAUGUGAUUCUUUUGAUUUUUGUUUUUAUGUCUCAAUUCCAUUACAUUUUCCACACCUCUGCUCCUGUGACCACCAUAGAACUUGAGCAUCUCCCACAAAAAUCCUAGGCUAGCAAUUUCUAGUGUACUACUAAUAAGAAGUUCAAAUAUAGAAACUUUCUGGGGAGAUUCCAAAAUUAGAUUGGUUUAUGCCAGAUAUCUUAAGAUGCUUUCCCUCUGUUUAACUAAAGUCAGAUCUAUGGGGGAAAAAUAGAUGGAGAGUUCGCUACAAACAAUGUCUUUGUUUCACCUUUAUAAAAUUUUGUUUGUGAGUUAUGUAGGCCUCAAUAAUUAUGAAUGGGAAAACUAAAACUGUGACUUGCAGUUCAGUAUUGCAAAUAUUGUAAAGUUUUCUACUGAAGUGCUGUGGUGAGAGAACAGGCAUGGAGUCCAGGAAAUCCUUCAAUGAAUUGGUAUAUGUGUAGUUUUCAGAGUGCUUCUUUCAAAGAGAUUUAAACUUUGUUAACAUUUUCUUACAUAUGAUGUUACAUUUAAAAUUGCUGCUUCAACAAACACUGAGCUCUAUGUGAUUGGUAACCCCUCCUACACUAAUGAAUCACCUUGCUUGAUUUUCCCACCUGAUUACUGUGGAAGAUGACA